AUGUUCCGUAUAGCUGCUCGCAACGCCCUCAGACUUACUGCCCGCAGGGCAAUCCCAUGUGCGACCUUCCGUACCCAAGUUCCUAGACUUUUCUCGAGCAAUGCAGUGUCCUUCAACAUGCACUCGAAAAAUGUGGCUCAGAUUUUGAAGAGCGAGCAGAUGCUGGAGCUAGAAGAGCACUCGAACGAGCUACCAGAGGAUGCGCAGGAGUUUUUGACAAAGCACGGCUUCAAGGAGGUGGCCAAGAAGAACCAGAACCUGGCGGAGAUUGUGCGCGAAGACAAGGAUGAGGUUGUGCGCGUGUUCUUCGACGUUGCCGAGAUUAUGAACAUGCCCUAUGAGACCGCCCCCGAGGAGGAUGCGGAGGGCAGCGAGGAGUUGGAGAACACGUUUACCAAUGCAAGAGUGGUUGUCGUGCGCAAGGCGGACGACACCGCCGUUGCGUUUGACCUGUUGCUCUCGGUUUCAGAGGAACGCUACUACAUCAACUCGGUGACGCCUUUCGACAGCUCCGAAGCUGCUCUCAGCGAGACCGCCGAGGCCGAGGUGAAGCGCGAGCUCACCUACCAGGGCCCACCAUUCCCUAACUUAGAUGACUCUCUACAGCAGUCUCUGGAGCAGUACUUGGUGUCCAGAGGUAUCAACGACGAGUUCAUGAGCUUCAUCACCUCAUACUCUGGCCACAAGGAGAACGCUGAGUACGUCAACUGGCUAGAGAAGAUGAAGAAGUUCUUUGAGUAG